CACCAGAGAAGGGACAGUGCCCGGGACAGAGCUAGCCUGUCGGUGAGGAUAGGGCUGGCCAUUGGGACCUGUGGGUCUCCUGCUCUGAGUUUCAAUAUGGAUGAGCAGCAGUCUAACAGGUCACACAGCCGCAGCUCAACUGACGGGACCUCCUCAGCCAUGUCCCACAACCCCAGAAUCUUCUCCCACGUUUCUGUUUCUACGAAGGAGUCACUGUGCACCAAGGAACCUCAAGACUAUGCCUCCUGGGACAAACAGUCCCAUCCUGCCACCAUCAUGCUCUGCAGUCCCAAGAGCAGCCAGGCUUCCUUGGUGUCCAAGGAACACCAGAUGUUUAUGGAGGAGGCCUACAAUUCAGCCAUCUGCUUCAAGAUGCUCCAGGACAUAGCCACCUCAGACCCUCUCCAACUCAAGUACAUCACCAAGAAGCUGAAGAAGAUGGCUCAGAGGACCUCCAACCUGGUGAUGGAAACCAUCCAUGACUACUUCAAAGACAAUCCAGAGAUCUCCAGCCGGCACAGAUUACGACUCUUCCAGGUCCUGCAGGCUGUCAUUGGAGCCCUUGAUGUCUUGGAGGAGAUAUGGCAGAGGAACUUCAUGCAGCUGGCCCUGGAGCACAUGACCAAGUCCACGGAACUGGAUGACAUAUACCAAGAUGCAGCCAGCAAUGUGUUACUGGCCCUCUGUCGGCAUUCGUGGCCAGCAGUGGCCAAACACUUGGAAACGGAGCUCCUGACGGGGGUCUUCCCACACCGCAGUCUGUUGUAUGUGAUGGGCAUCCUGUCCUCUCAAGAGGAGCUUCUCAAGAAAGAAGACAGAGAGAGCUGGAAAGAUCUACUGUCCCAGAUGGCCAGAAAGUCGGUGCCGUUCCUGAACACAGAUGUGUGGUCCAAGGAAUUGCUGUGGAGCCUUACCAAGUCUAGCCGGACGCAGCAAGAGCACACCCCAGAGAAGGCCUUCCUGUUCACCUACUAUGGGCUAAUCCUUCAAGCUGAGGAGGACAGCAGCAGCAUCAGGACACACCUCAGAAACCUCUUGGAAACCUCUCACCAGUGGCCUAAGCAAAGGGAGGGCAUUGCUCUCACAGUGGGGCUGGUUGCAGUACGCCACUUGGAUGACGCCUGGGCCAUCCUAGAACAGUUUGGAAGGAGCACACCCAUCAAGUGGAGCCUGCAGAACUUGUCUCUGAAGAGCCUCGAGGAUCUUCGGUGGAAAUGGGCUGGCAGCACCAUCCUCCUCUCCUACGGCCAGAUGGCCGCCAAGGCCAAGAGCCACAUCCUGCCGUGGGUGGACAACAUCUUGUCCAGGAUGAUCUUCUACUUCCGCUUCAGCUCCUGGGAUGAGACCCUGAAACAGAGCUUCCUUACGGCCAUCAUGAUGCUGGUGGGGGCCAUCAGCCGGAGUGAAGGUGCCCACAGCUACGAGUUCUCCCAGACUAGCGAGCUCCUGGAAUGCCUGACGACACUAAUGGAGAAAGAGCCGCAAGACACACUGCUCACCAGCAUCCGCCAGCAGGCCAUCCACAUUGUCGCCAGCCUUUGUGCCCUGAGGCCACCCAUGGAUGUGGACAGGAAGUCCCGGCUCCUCUCCGUCUGCUUCCGCAGCAUCUUUGCCCUGCCACUGCUGGAUGCCCUGGAGAAGCACAGCUGUCUCUUCCUGGAACCACCCAACAUCCAGGGAUUAUACAGCCAGACCAUGGAGGCGGUGGACCACAUGCUACAGUGUUUCAUGAUGCAGAACCCCACCAUCAAUGAGCUGUACUUCCUGUUGUCGCACCUGUAUGUCUGGCUGGCAUCAGAGAAGGCUCAUGAGAGACAACGAGCUGUGCACAGAUGCAUGAUACUCUUCAAAUUCCUGAACUGUAAAUGCUGCCUAGAAACCAAGGAGAACUUCAGGAGGAUGGGGCAGCUGGUGGCCAUGCUGGGGAUCCUGUGCCAGGACUCGGACAGGACCAUCCAGUGCUUGAGUCUAGAAGCUAUGUGCCAUCUCUAUCAGCUUCUGAUGCAGCAGAAAGCAGAAGUUCCAGAGAUGGAGAGGGAGACCCCUCAGGAUCUCCCUCCGCCUGAUGCAGCUGGAGCUGCCCUCUGGAGCAGUGGAGACCAGAGGGGCACUCUUCUGAUCCCCCAGGAUAUGGCAUCCAAAAAUGACAGCAUCUUCUUCAUGAGCAGCAACCAAGCUACCAAGGAGAUCAUGAGUCAUCUUGCAAUGACAGAGCUGACCGACCUCAUCUGGACAGCCAUCGACGGCUUGGGCUCUACCAGCUCUUCCUGGGUGCAGGCAGCUGCCGAUUUGCUUUCCCUUGCCAUCCAGGAGCAUGGGGACAACCUGGCAACUGUUGGUAAAAUGGGCCAGGCCAUCCACCACCACCUCUGUGCCAUCCAAAUGCCCCAAGCCAAGGAGAGUGCCCUGCAUGUCAUCACCUUACUGGCCCGGAACCACAUCCCUGAGCUGGUGGCUGCCUUCCUAGACUUUUCCACUCCUCUGGACAGGCCCCUGCAGCCACCUCAGCCCUCUCAGGAUGAGACCCUGAAACAGAGCUUCCUUACGGCCAUCAUGAUGCUGGUAGGGGCCAUCAGCCGGAGUGAAGGUGCCCACAGCUACGAGUUCUCCCAGACUAGCGAGCUCCUGGAAUGCCUGACGACACUAAUGGAGAAAGAGCCGCAAGACACACUGCUCACCAGCAUCCGCCAGCAGGCCAUCCACAUUGUCGCCAGCCUUUGUGCCCUGAGGCCACCCAUGGAUGUGGACAGGAAGUCCCGGCUCCUCUCCGUCUGCUUCCGCAGCAUCUUUGCCCUGCCACUGCUGGAUGCCCUGGAGAAGCACAGCUGUCUCUUCCUGGAACCACCCAACAUCCAGGGAUUAUACAGCCAGACCAUGGAGGCGGUGGACCACAUGCUACAGUGUUUCAUGAUGCAGAACCCCACCGUCAAUGAGCUGUACUUCCUGUUGUCGCACCUGUAUGUCUGGCUGGCAUCAGAGAAGGCUCAUGAGAGACAACGAGCUGUGCAUAGAUGCAUGAUACUCUUCAAAUUCCUGAACUGUAAAUGCUGCCUAGAAACCAAGGAGAACUUCAGGAGGAUGGGGCAGCUGGUGGCCAUGCUGGGGAUCCUGUGCCAGGACUCGGACAGGACCAUCCAGUGCUUGAGUCUAGAAGCUAUGUGCCAUCUCUAUCAGCUUCUGAUGCAGCAGAAAGCAGAAGUUCCAGAGAUGGAGAGGGAGACCCCUCAGGAACUCCCUCCACCUGAUGCAGCUGGAGCUGCCCUCUGGAGCAGUGGAGACCAGAGGGGCACUCUUCUGAUCCCCCAGGAUAUGGCAUCCAAAAAUGACAGCAUCUUCUUCAUGAGCAGCAACCAAGCUACCAAGGAGAUCAUGAGUCAUCUUGCAAUGACAGAGCUGACCGACCUCAUCUGGACAGCCAUCGACGGCUUGGGCUCUACCAGCUCUUCCUGGGUGCAGGCGGCUGCCGAUUUGCUUUCCCUUGCCAUCCAGGAGCAUGGGGACAACCUGGCAACUGUUGGUAAAAUGGGCCAGGCCAUCCACCACCACCUCUGUGCCAUCCAAAUGCCUCAAGCCAAGGAGAGUGCCCUGCAUGUCAUCACCUUACUGGCCCGGAACCACAUCCCUGAGCUGGUGGCUGCCUUCCUAGACUUUUCCACUCCUCUGGACAGCCAUUCCUUUCGCCUGUGGAGGGCCCUGGGAGCUGAAGAGCCUGCCAGCCAUUUGGUUCUGACUGUGCUGAUGGCGUGGAUGCAGAAGAGGCCUCUGCCUUCCAGUGCCAGCGACAGCAGCCCCUGUCCCGUGGAGAAGCCUCACUUGCGUUCAUUGGCCGCCAUGAACACAAUUCACGAGCUACAGUUCGCGAGAGAAUUCAAGAAAGCCGUGCGGGACACCUUUCCCCAGCUGUUCCUGGCCCUCCUGGCCCAGAUGCACUAUAUCAUGGAGCUGAACCAACCCACAGAACCUGAGCAGGAGCAGAAAGCCCAGGAAUCAGCCAUGCCCAGCCCCCAGAGCACAUCACUGGAGGCACUGAAGAGUCUGCUGUCCACCACGGGACACUGGCAUGACUUUGCUCACCUGGAACUGCAGAGUGCCUGGGAACACUUCACCUCCAUCCACACCUACCCACAGGCCGUGGGCCUCCUUGCCAGGGCCAUGGUGCAGAAUCACUGCAAAGAGAUCAAGGCCAUUGUCAGCUACCUGUUGCCCAGCCUGCAGAGCCAGCAGGAGCGAGAAAGGAAGACAGCCAUCUUGGUCCUCAUUGAGUUCCUCUAUAGCCCUGCCCUGUUGGAGGUGCUUUCUAAACAGGCCGCCCUGACUGUACUGGCUCAAAGCCUCCAGGACACCUGCUCUGAGAUCCGUGUGGCCAGCCUGCAGGGCCUUGGAAACAUCCUCUUCCACACGGAGAAGGGAACUCUGCUCAGAGGUCAACUGCCAGCCUUCCUCAAUGGCUUCUUCCAGAACAACGAGGCAGUGGUUGUAGGCAUUAUGGGCUUGGUAUCGGAUAUACUGCACCGCCUGGGUACAGAGGGCGCAGGCGCCCAGAGUCUCAGUAUCGCAAUCAACGCCCGCUACUUCUUUGAUGACGAACGGGACAAUAUUCGAGCAGCGGCCAUGGCACUGUUUGGGGACCUGGUGGCGACGAUGACCGACAGAGAGCUGUGUGGCUUGCGGUCCCAGGUGUGCCAGAGCAUGUUACCUCUGCUCCUCUACCUGAAGGACCAGUGCCCAGCCGUUGUCACGCAGGCCAAGUUCGCUUUCUACCGCUGUGCCGUACUGCUCCGCUGGCAGCCGCGGCACACCCUGUUCUGCACACUGGCCUGGGAGACUGGCCUCAGUGCCCGCCACUUCCUCUGGACCUGCCUGAUGACCCACAGCGAGAAGGAGUUCAGCAUCCACUUGUCCCAGGCCAUCAACUACCUGCACAGCCAUCACCGCCACAUUAAGACCUGGGCAGCUCUGUUUAUAGGGUACACUACCUGCUACCAACCCCAGGCCGUGACACAGAUGGUGAACGACAUGGACACCAAGCUGCUGUUCUCCACUUUUAAAGAUCUCAAAAAAGACCCAGAACCUGCCAUCCGGGAAUUUGCCACCAGACAGCUCGAGUUCCUUCGGGAGGUGUCAGCCAGAUCCAAGAAGUGACUUCGAGCCAUCCUCCCCCAUCUCUACCCCCAGAACAGCCCUGCCCCAACCCUGUCCACAGAGCUUGGUUGUGUAGCAUUUUUCCAUUUGAAAGAAAAACCUAGAUUCAACAAAAAAAAAGUGUAAUGGCUGCC